UUUUCCUUGGCAUCUAUCCCUCAAAUUCCCGGAAAAACACGAAAGAAAAGCCAAAGCUUGCAAACUUCCAAGUCUCACAAAAAAAAUCAUCAUAUACCCGGGAAAACACCCAAAAAAAAAAAAAAUGCUUCGCUUCCAACUAUUUCUUCUCCUUCAUCUCCUCAAACUCUCUUCACUUGAACUGAUCGUAUCAUCAAAUUACAGUAAACCAGAUAAGUACUUCAUCAACUGUGGAUCAAAUUCCAACACCAGUAUCUCUGAUGACAGAAUCUUUGUGGGAGAUCUGGACCCUCCAUUCUCUCUAUCAUUUGGAAGAAGCAAAGAUGUCAAGGACACCAACCCUUCAAACAAUACCCCGUCUCUCUAUCGCACGGCGAGAAUCUCCGACCGACCAUUUUCGUAUGAGCUCCGACUCUCCAACCACAACAGGACACACGUGGUACGCCUUCAUUUCUUCUCCUUUUCGACUCGGAGGAUCAACCUCUCAGUCGCAGUUUUUGACGUUUCGACUUCAGGACUUUCACUGUUGUCCAACUUCACCGUCGGAGAUAGAACUGGUAUUGUACUAAUUGAGGAGUUUCUUGUCACAGUGAAAGAAGGAUUACUCCGUUUAUGCUUUGUUCCAUCUCAAAAAUUAUCACCUCUUGCUUUUGUGAAUGCAAUAGAAGUGUUUCCUACCCCAGAUAACUUCAUAUCGGACUCCGCUUCUUUGGUUACUUCUGUUGCAAGUAAUAGUGGUAACAAGAAUUACACUGGAUUGCUCUCUUUAGUUUUGCACCCUGUCCAUAGGAUCAAUGUUGGGGGUCCCACCAUUACACCAGAGACUGAUACUCUAUGGAGGAAAUGGCUACCAGAUGAAGAUUUUCUAUCCAAUAGUGAAGCUGCUAGGAAGAGUCAAUUCUUUAGUGGCAAACUUGCUUGGCAUAAUGGGGUUACAGAGUACACUGCCCCGGAAAGCAUUUUCAGGACGGCAAAAGUGCUUAAUGUAAAUUCUAAUUUCUUCAAAAUGAGAUGGCGUUUUCCGGUUAAAGAGAGCGUUGCGCAUCACCUAGUUCGCGUCCACUUUUGCUACUAUAUCAACGCCUCGGUUAACUUCUUGGAGUUCAGUCUCUUUAUUUUCAGAAACUUUGAGAAGUUGGUGAAUCCAUUCAAGGAAACAAAUGAAUUCGCUAGUCCGUUUUACUAUGAUUUUGUUGUGGAUUCGAGUGGUUCUCCAUUCAUCAAUGUAAGCAUUGGUUUGAAGCUCGAAAAGUUUUCGUCGAGUACUGAUUUGACUCCUUUCUUGAAUGGAUUGGAGAUUUUUGAGAUGCAAAAAAAGACCGGUAUAGUUCUCUCUCAUAAUCAGCUUAAGAAGAAUAAUAAUAUUAUGCUAGCUGGUGUAUGUGUUGCUUGUGUGGUUGUUUUUAUGGGCAUAUCAAUCUCCGGUUUUCUAGUUUUGAAGAGCAAGAAAACGAAGCCUGAUAGAAGUACUAAGCUAAACCUUAAAUUGAAGAUAUCUUUAAGUGAUAUUCAGAGAGCAACUAGAAAAUUUGAUGAGAAGUUGGUGGUUGGACAAGGCGGUUUUGGGAAAGUUUACAAAGGAAAUCAUAAAGGCAUGAACGUCGCGGUGAAAUGGGUUGAAAGGGGGCAUGGAACUGUGAAACGAGGGGAAUCGGAUGAUGGACAAGGUCUUCAUGAGUUCAAAUCGGAGAUCAGGGUGUUGUCUCAAAUCCGUCACAAACAUCUUGUUUCCUUAAUUGGGUAUUGUGAUGAUAAGUACGAAAUGAUACUUGUGUAUGAGUUCAUGGAAAAGGGGACAUUGCGAGAGCAUCUAUAUGACACACAGAGCAAGGCUCAAAAACCAUCAAUGAAACCCAAAUUGUCAUGGGAGCAAAGGCUUGAGAUUUGCAUUGGCCCGGCUAAGGGCCUUAACUACUUGCACACCAGUUCGUCUGAGGUGAUAAUUCACCGCGACGUUAAGUCGUCAAACAUCUUGCUAGAUGAGAACUAUGUUGCUAAAGUUGCUGAUUUUGGACUUUCUAAGGCAGGUCCUCCUGAUCCCAACAAUGAGAGUAUUGACCUCAAAGGAAGCUUCGGUUAUUUCGAUCCCGAGUAUAUUAGGUCCUCACAAUACACGGUCAAAUCCGAUGUUUACUCUUUUGGGGUCGUACUUCUUGAGGUGCUUUGUGCUAGACCGGCCAUUUUCACUCUCUCUGAAGAGCAGGACACUGUGAGCUUAGCUAAAUGGGGGAUACUUUGGAGACGAAAAGGGCAGCUAGAGAAGAUCAUAGAUCCUUUGCUGGUGGGCGAAAUCCACCCCGAAUCGUUGAAAGUAGUGGGUGAAAUAGCUGAGAAGUGCUUGAAGGAAAGUGGAUCUGAGAGGCCUACAAUGCAGGAGGUGGAAUGGCACUUGAACCAUGCAUUGCAGCUUCAGAGAAAUCAAGCAACAAAAGGGCCUUUUGACGAUGACACUUCUACUAAAGCUUCUCCGGUUUCUGCAUCAUGAAUUCCUUAUGCAUUCACUGUUGGAGAAGAUGAUGAUGCAAUCUUUGAAGUUUCUGGUUGUUC